UGAUUUGUAGUCGCCCACGAAGAAGAUUGUGUGUUUACCGGAACAGCCCAUGUUUGAAUUUUCUUCACUACAAUCAAACUUUUGGUUUUAGAAAUCAAAUCUUCAGCGGUUUGGGAGAGAAACAUUACUUUUAUGAUCACGCUUGCGGAGGAUUAAUUGGACAGACGGGUUCCUAUCUGCAGAGUCCAGAUGGGGAACAGUGCACUCAAGUCUCAUCUGGAAACUUCCCAGAAGACCGGAGUUUUCCAACUAACAGGGAAGGGACUGCAAGAGUUUCCAGAGGAGCUGCAGAGGUUGACCAGUAACCUGCGGACGGUGGAUCUGUCCAGUAACAAGAUUGAGGUUCUUCCUGCGCAGAUCGGAAACUUCCUGCAGCUGAGGAGUUUGGUGCUCAACUCCAACCGAUUCACCAACAUUCCCAGUGAAAUUGGGAAGCUGAAGAAACUGGAGACUCUGAGUCUGAAUGGAAAUCGGAUCCUACAUUUACCUCCGGCUUUAAGCCAGCUCAAAGCACUGCGAACCCUCAGCCUGGCUGGGAACUUCAUCUCCGAGUUCCCUUCUGGUCUGGGAACCCUGAGGCAACUGGACCUGCUGGACCUGUCCCACAACAAGAUCCAGAAUGUCCCCGCUGAGGUCUCAGAGCUGCAGGCCAUCGAGAUCAACCUCAAUCAGAACCAGAUCUCAGUCCUAUCAGCAGAGAUCUCUCUGUGUCCUCGUCUGAAGGUGCUCCGUCUUGAAGAGAACUGUUUAGAGCUCUCCUCCAUCCCUCUGUCCAUCCUGAGCGACUCCCAGGUCUCGCUCUUUUCUGUGGAAGGAAACCUGUUUGAAGUGAAGAAGCUCAGAGAUCUGAAUGGAUACGAAAAGUACAUGGAGCGUUUCACUGCCACCAGGAAGAAGUUUGCUUGAAGACUCUACGACCACCACACAUCUGAACAUCAGGGGGGCGGGCCAUUUGGAUGAAGCUCCGCCCAUAUCUGGAGACCAGCUGCUGCUUCUGCUGCUGCCACAGACUGCUGCUGACACUAAGAAACACCUGACAGCGCCCCCUGGCUGCUGAACACAGAUGAGGGCUUUAGAGCUGAUUAAUUUUAUUUGUAGCGCUUUCUAACAAAACACCUGUCGCAGCUUCUUUUGUCAAAAUAAAGGGAAGCGGUAGAAAAGUGUGAUCAGUACGUCGGGAGCGGAUGGAAGGAGGUUGGUGUCGUUUUUGCCUGACCGGCUCAGACUCUGAUGUCAUUGAAAUAUUUCUGCACACUCAUCUCCUCUUCACCCGCUUAUCCAUGAUCGGGUUCUGCACACUUUAUUAUAUAAAUAUUUAACUGUUUGUCCCAACACGUUUUAUUGCUUAAAGUUUUUAAUUAUUAUAUGACUGCUGUGUUUCAUUAAUGGGAAACAUUCACUGGGAAUGUUGGAUGACAUCUUGUUCAUUUUAAAAACUGUAAAAUGGAAUAAAUUAAAGCAUAGAAUACGUACAGGGGCCGGUCUAACUACUGGACUACAAUCGCUUAAUUUCAGUCUAGGCUGUGUGUAGAUUAACAAAAACUUUUGCCAGUAUUUUGAAUUUCAGGUGAGCCUGUGAAACAAACCACCUUCUGUUCCUGACUAAAAGGAGAAACGCUUCAGAACAUUUACAAGAAGAUUUUUUUUUUUUUUUUUGUAUUUCUUUGUGCUGAAAUAAGAUGUUUUGUCACAAUGAGCUCUGAGUAGAUGCUAAAUCUGACUCCUUCCCCACACAGCUGGAAAAACAGAUCAGUCUGUCUUUGUUCAUCUGUGAUGUUGGACUUCUGUCCAGUUAGAGUUUCUUCUCUUUACGCUGAAGCAAAGGUUCAUCCUGAGACUUUGGAUUUAAUCUUCACUUUGAUGUUUUGGGAACAACAGCAGCUGGUGUUUGUACUCGUCAGUGUGACCGGCCCCUAGUUAGUGACAAACUUGUUUCCUGAAGAAAAACCUGUGAUGACUUUUUCACUGUAGAUCUGAUUUUACUGGUUUAAAAAAAGUUCUGGUUUACCGAGUUCCAUGAGUAUGAAAAAGUUAACACUACACAUUUAAAUGAUUAAUAAUAAUUCAGGCUUCUCUAUAAUAUAAUUUCUAAAAUGGUGCCCUUUAAUCUCCUGAUUUAACCCUCAAGGGACUGAGUGGGGUCAUUUAUGACCCCAGGCAUAUAUUUUUUUUUUUGUGCAGAGUUUUUCUAAUUUUAAUCACAAAAAAGUUUCCUACUGUGAAUUUGUCAAUCUAUUUGUUCACAGAAUUUUGCAAGGAUUGGGCAAUUUGUGUGGCAAGUAUAAUCCAAACUUGUGCGGGGUCACUUAUAACCCCCUGGGAAGAUCUAUGAGAUUUUCAACAUUAUAGCUUCAGAUGGUAUUUUAAUUUGCCAAUUCUAAUCAUUGUAUUUUACUGUUUGCAAGGAAGCCUGAUCAACAGACCUAGAAUAGCAAGAUUUACAGCUCCACAAAGCACUGAGACUGAUUCUUGAUGCCCAGAGAGGAUGAAAACACCUUCCGUGCUGCACUGUUUUUUGAUUGACACAUGCAGAAAAGAACUGGACCUGGACUCAGAUGGUCCUGUGAAAAACUCUGAUUUGAAGUAAAACAGCUUAAAAAGCAGCAGUUUUGUCCUUCAGGAAGCUGUUUGUUGUCACCAUCACACUUUAAAUCAUGCAGAAAAAUCGUAUUUAAUGUCUUUGGUAAUCACAGGUGAAGAUUUGUGUUUUUAAGGGGAACGCUUCACUGGACAGUCCAGAAGUAUUUAUGACAUUAGGCUGUUUUAUUUUAUGUGAAAUGGACAAAAAAAGGACUAUUCUGUGUUUUAUGUGUAAUGUUUUACUUGUUUCAUCUGGAAUGUCAGAAUUAACACCUUUUAAUUAUUUUGUGUUUUAUGAUCAGUGAAAGUCUUCGUGGAACAUUCGGGUGCAGUUCUGGCGCCAACAUUCAGUCAUUUAGGGGAAUAAAUAAACAAACGUUCUGGCUCCUCCUC